AUGACGAUGGUGUCGAAGGCUGCGGGCCCUGCCCCGUCGCAGCAAGACGUCUCUGCCUUCAUCACUACCAUCUUUACCGCCCAGACCUCCAACCAGUCCAUCGAGGCCUCCUACGGCCUGUGCGAACUCCUCCUCAACUCGGUCGGCUCCCAGGGCCUCGAGUCUUACGGCGUCCUCGCUGAGAUUAAGAAGGCCGCUGCCGACAAGAAGAGCGGCCUUCGUCGCGAGAGUGCCCAAAACCUCCUGGGUGCACUCUUUGAGCGCUUCCCGGCCAAGCAACCUACCAGCGAGACCAUUUUCCUCCUCAGGAAUGGCGGCAUUGUCAACGUUGCCCUCGACGCUCUCGCGGACAAGGGCACUGUCGUGCGGGACGCGGCGCAGUAUGGCCUCGAUGCUCUGUUUGCCCACCUGAGCCCCGAGGCUCUCGUCGUCGGCCUUCUCCCUGCCCUCUCCGCGUACCUCAGCAAGUCUACCGGCAAGUGGCAGGGCACCGUCGGCGCCUAUAAGCUCCUCCAGAAGAUGGCCGAUAAGGCCAAGCUGAUCGUUGGCUCCACCAAAGAGCAGGCUGCCGAAGGCGAUGUCCUGCGCGACUCCUUCGGCACCAAGCUCGCUGGCCUCAUCCCCAUUGUCGAGGCCGGCAUGCACGACCUCAAGGCUGAGGUCGGCAAGCAGGCUGUUCAGGCGAUGAACUCGCUCACCAACCUUCUUGAAGGGGGCAACUAUGUUGCUGAGCAAAUCGCCGAGGAUGUCAACCACCGCCACGUUGACCGUGUAUCCGCCCGCAUCUCGCCCUACUUCCAGACCUUCACCGAAGCCAGCGCCACCAUUGCCGACGCUGUGCAGCAGUACUACGUCGAAGAGGACGCCCGUAAAUUUGGUGUCCCCGAAAGGGAGGAUGACGGCGAGACUGAGAUCGUCAACGCCGACUUCUCUCUUGCCUAUGGUGGCAUGCUUCUGCUCUCCCACACCAACCUUCGUCUCCUCAAGGGCCACCGCUACGGUCUUUGCGGUCGCAACGGUGCCGGCAAGUCCACUCUCAUGCGUAGCAUUGCCAACGGCAAGCUUGAGGGCUUCCCUCCCCAGGAUGUUCUCCGUACAUGCUACUUUGAUCGUGUCCCACGACUCUGGAUUCCUCGACACGUCACGACCGACAUCUACCACUACGAGCCUGGCAAGAAGCUUGGCCACUACAAGGGUAACCUCGCUGCCUUUGUCGAGGUCAAGCCCGAGGCUAAGAGCUACUACACGCUCUCGGCCUCUCAGGUCCAGUUCAAGUUCCCUCCCCCGGGAAUUCUUAGCGGCGUCAAGUCCCAGACGCGUGCCAUUAUCCGCAUGUCCAACGUCUCGUACGCCUACCCUGGAUCUGACAAGCCGUCGCUGUCGGAAGUAUCGUGCCAGCUCUCGCUCUCUUCCCGCGUCGCCAUCAUUGGUCCCAAUGGUGCCGGAAAGUCCACUCUGAUCAAGCUGCUUACGGGCGAGACAAUUCCUACUACCGGAAAGGUAGAGAAGCACCCCAACCUGCGUAUUGGCUACAUCAAACAGCACGCUCUCGAGCACGUCGAGAUGCAUCUCGAGAAGACCCCCAACCAGUACUUGCAGUGGCGUUACGCCAACGGUGACGAUCGUGAAGUCUUCCUCAAGCAGACUCGCAUUCUCUCCGACAAGGACCGUGAGCAGAUGGACAAGAUGAUUGAUCUCGGUGACGGUAAGGGCGGUCGCCAGCUUGAGGCGCUCGUUGGUCGUCAGAAGUGGAAGAAGACAUUCCAAUACGAAGUCAAAUGGCGCAACUGGCUGCCCAAAAACAACAGCCAGGUCUCCCGUGAGACUCUUUCGGAGUGGGGUUUCGACAAGCUCGUCCAAGAGUUUGACGACCACGAGGCUUCGCGCGAGGGUCUCGGCUACCGUGAGCUCCAGCCCUCUGUCAUCUCCAAGCACUUCCUUGACCUGGGUCUCGACCCGGAGAUUGCCAACCACAACGAAAUUGGCUCUCUUUCUGGUGGCCAGAAGGUCAAGGUCGUCAUCGCCGGAGCCAUGUGGAACAACCCCCAUCUUCUCGUGCUCGACGAGCCUACUAACUUCUUGGACCGCGACUCCCUCGGUGGUCUUGCUGUUGCCAUCCGCGACUUCAAGGGUGGUGUCAUUCUCAUUUCCCACAACGAAGAGUUCGUCGGAGCGCUCUGCUCCGAGCAGUGGCUCGUCAACGACGGUCGCGUCGCGCACCGCGGCACUGCUGCCGUCUCCCUCGACCGCUUCGAGGACUCGUCUCGCCCUGGCUCCGGCCCUUACCUCGGGCGUCGCCUCGACGGCGGCCAGCUCGGCCAUGUCCUCGGCUGUCAACUCGGGCACCGAAGACAAUGGCGACCUCAAGUUCAAGGCCAAGAAGAAGCGCAAGAAGACCAAGAAGGAGAUCAAGGAGCAGGAGGUCCGUCGUCGCCUCCGCCACAUUGA